GAAAGUUGAUUAGAAGUUGCAGUUAGAUUUUUUGAGAUGUACUUGUCCAGUGACCGCUGUUGUUGUCCUCCAGUGAGGGAAAGUGGUCGACCUGAUCUUUCCUGUUCAGUUAAUAAUCCUGUUGCAUUUAAGCGAGCGAUAGCACGACAAACAGUUCGGCGAUCACAAUCCAGUUGAUGUGCUAUUGUAUUGAAUGUCUUGUUUGGCUUUUGUGCUUCUUUCACCGCAAAUAAACAUUCCUCAUGUGCCAAAUUUCGAAUUUUUUAAUGGUUUCUAGUAUUUAAUCAAUUUAAAACAAAAAACUUAAAGAAAUAAAAAAGCUGAAUAUGAGUAACGAAGUAUCUAAGAACAGUAUAUGUGAUAAUAAUAUUAUCUUUUUUUAAUGUCAUUAUAAAGCGUAAAAUAAAUGAUAUAGUCAGCGGGCGAAACUUUUGUCGUCGACUAAUUGGACAUUAUCGACACUAAAUCAAAUUUUUAAUUAAACUGUUUCGUACCGAACCUGUGCUUUUGCAUUGAUACCACUAGAAAAUCCAUGUCGUAUUGGUUACACUCACACGUAAUGUUCCUAACAAUUUCGAAAGUCGAAUGUAAGGCAAAUCAAUUAGAUACAUUUCUCAUUACUGAUUUCGUAUGCAAUUGUGAAUCAUUUUUUAGCCUUCAGUAAAUAUUUUUACACACUUUUGCUCUUUCUUCAAACAAACCAUGAAGUCUCUAUGGCGUGUUGUUAUCAUGCAAAACUAAAAAUAAAAUUAAUAGAGAGUAUUUAAGAUUAAUUGGAAAGUACCGGAAAUCAGUUUUGUAUUGAAUUUCGAUUAAUAUCGAUAGUCAUACGAAAGAAAAUUCAAACGAAAUAAAUAAGAAUAUUUUAUUAUUAUUCAUAAUCUUUAUUUACUUUUUUUAGGCAGAUAAAAAAUUUCUUGAAUCAAAACCAACAUGUUUUCUUAUUGUGGGUAAACCAGGUGUUGGUAAAACAACUUUAGCAAAAAAAUUAGCUGAUGAUUGGCAUGCUGAACUUAUUAAUAUUCCUCAUCUUAUAACAACAAAUAUAAAACAAAAAACUGAAAUUGGUAUGCAUGCACGUGAAUUACUUGUACAUGGUGAAGCUGUUCCUGAUCAAAUGAUUGCACGAAUGUUACAUAUUAAAAUGCAUUCACCUGAAGUAGCACAUCAUGGCUAUAUUUUGGAUGGAUUUCCAUUAAUGGAUGAAAAUUUAAUGAAAUUACGUGAUCAAAUGGAAGGUAUGAAAAAUUGGCCAUUACCUCCGGAUUAUGUUGUUAAUAUUCGUAUACCUGAUAAUGAUUUAAUUACCAGACGACAAGAAGAAAAAAUUGAUCCUAUGACUGGUACAUUGUAUAUUAAAGAACAAUAUGCACCUACACCCGUCGAAAAAGUAAUUGGUAAACAACAGACAGAUGAUGAUGAUGUAAGUGAUAUUGAUGAUGAUGCUGAUAAUGAUGAUGAAGAAGCUGAAGAAGAAGAACAAGUAACUGAUGAAUUUUUUUCACCUGUACUAACAGAAAUUGUUGAACGAUUAGUAACACGACCUGAAGAUUUAAUGCCUGAUGUUUCUGAUAGUAUUCAAUUUUUUAAAGAUCAAUUAUUACGAAUGCUUGAAGAAUAUAUGGCUAGUUUACCACAAUCAUAUUUAGUUGAACUCGAUGGAAAUAUGUCACCAACAAUUCUAUUUGAACAAUUACUUGAACGUCUUAAUGCAUAUGCACUAAGACGUGCAGCAGUUGUUCAACGAUUUUUUCCACCAGAAGAAGAAGAAGAAGAAAUUCCACAGGAAACAAACGAAAUGGAAAAUGAAGAAGAAGAAGGUGAAAAAGCCGUUCGUAGUGAUCCACAUCGUGCUGAAGAAGCUGCACCAGCUGAUGAAAUGGAUACUGAAGAAUUAAUGCUUUCAUUAACUGGUUCAAAUGCUCUAUCAAAUAAAUAUAAAUGGCAAAGAAGUCGAUGGUUACGUCUUGAUCCUGUUGCUCUUAAACAAGGAAAUCGUGUACCUGGUCGACAAGAUUUAGCUGUUCAUUUUAUGGAUAAAAUAUUUGUUCUUUCAAGUAAAGAAUCAUUAAAAGAAUUUCAAAAAAAUCCUCGUCGAUAUAUAAUUCAACCACGAGCACCAUGUAAACUUUUUCUCUAUGGUCCCCGAUCAUCUGGUAUUGAACAAUUAGCACAAGAUAUUGCUAAAAAAUAUAAUGCAACAGUUAUUGAUAUGGUAUCAUAUGCUCAACCAAAAAUGGAUGAACUUCGUCAACAAUAUAUUGAAAAUAUUAAAAAUGAAGUUCAACGAUCUACUAUUGACAAAUUACAACUACAACUCGAAACAAAAGCUGCAGAAAAAUUAACUGAAGAAGCAACAUCAAAAACUGAUACUAAAAUAGACGAAGAACCGGAACCAUCAAACAGAGAAGACAAUGAAACAACAACUGAUCCAAAUGAUUUCGAACAAACAGAAAAAGCUCCAAACGCUGACGAAGAAGAAGAACAACCGCCAACAUCAACCGAACGUUCGUCACCGCCACCUGCUGAACGUUUGUCACCACCACCCGCUGAACGUUCGUCGCCGUCACCCGCCGAACGUUCAUCAACGUCGCCAACUGAACGUUUGUCACCACCGCCAACCGAACGUUCGUCACCACCACCAACAGAACGUUCGUCGCCACCACCACCACCGCCGCCGGCUGAAGUACCACAAGAGGAUCUUCGUGGUUUAGGUCCUGAAGAUGAAAAAACGCAAGUUGAACCUAUCGGACAAAUAACAGCUGAUCAUCCUGAAGUAAAAAAAGCUGUUGAACAAGCUAUUGAAGAAGCACGUAAUGCAGCUGUUAAUAUACCAGCUGAUGUUUAUGCUGAAUUAAUGCAUAAAGCUAUACAAAAUAUUGAACAAGAACAACGAGAAAAAAAUCCUAAUGGACCUUUAUUUGGUAAUUGGAUAUUUGUUAAUUUUCCAUAUGAUAAUGAAAUUUGGACAUUAUUAAAUGAAAAAAAUAUUCAUCCUGAUGAUGUUCUUGUUUUACAAGAUAGUCAUGCACAAUUAGAAGCAUUACAAAAACGUUGGUAUAAUGCAAAUCGAGUAGAAAUUGAUAGAGAAAUUCGUGAACGUGAAGAACGUGAAGCAAAUGAAAGACGUAUUCUAGAUGAAGAACAAAAACGACGGAUGGAAGAAAUGAAAAUAAUUGCUGAACAAGAACGAAAUGAACGUUUAGUUGAACGACAAAGAAAAAUUGACGCUGGUGAACCAAUGGAUGAUGAAGAUGAAACAGAUGGAAAAGAAAUGGAACAAGCUAUACUUGAAGAUCGAAAUUAUGAACCAAGAAAAGAAGAUUUUAUUGAUAAAAUUCCAGAAACAAUACCAGAAGUUGCGUCAGGUCUUGAUCUGAGUCGUCCUCCACCAUCAAUAUCACCUAUACCAUUUGAUCAAGAAAUUUUACCACCAGCUGGUAUUGAACAAGAAACAUUUAUUCAACAAGCUCGUACUGAUAUAACACGUAUAAAUGAUUUGAUGAAAACUAUAUCAAGUAUUUAUAAUAUUGAACCAAUUUUUAUUGAAUUAAUGAAAGAAGAUGGAGAAAAAUUAAAAGCAAAUGAAGAAUUAUUUCAAGAAUCAUACGACGCACUUGAAAAACAAUUUAAAUAUACUGUACUUGAACAUGAAAAUAAUGAAGAAGAUGUUGAUGAAGAAGAAGAAACAGGAAAUGAAGAUGAAGAAGGUGAUGAUAAUGAAGAAGAAGAAGAAGAAGUUAUUGAUUUAUUUAAAAGUGAUCGAAAAAAACAUCUUGGUGAUACAAGUAUCUAUGAUCCAGUUGCAUUAAUCGAUAAAAAUAUUCUUGUACCUGGAAAACCAGAUUUUACUCUUUCAUAUAAAGCUAAAACAUAUCGUUUUGCUAAUGAAGAUAAUCGAAAUUUAUUCUUACAAACACCAUUUAAAUAUCUAUCAGUCAAUAAACCACCAACAUUACCUGCUAUGCGUAUAGUUCUUAUUGGACCUGAAGGUGCCGGUAAAAGUUUACAUGGACGUGAAUUAGCUAUUAAAUAUAAUACAUUUCAUAUAAAAUUUCGUGAUCGUCUACAAGAAUUAAUUAUUGGUAAAACGAAAAUGAAAAUUGGACCAGAACAUAAUGAAGCACGAGAUGAUCCUGAUCCAGAAGAAGAAGAACAAAAAGAAGAAAAGCCAAUUGAAGAAACUGAAGAAUUAACAGCUGAAGAAGAAAAUAUCAAAGCAUAUUUACAAGAUGGUGAACCUUUAGCACCUGAAAUUCUUGAUAAAAUUGUUAAACCAUGGUGGACUGAAGAACCAUUUCGUUCACGUGGUAUUGUUCUUGAAGGUUUUCCAUCAUCAGAAGAUGAAACUGUUUAUAUGAUUGAUAAUCAAUUAUUGCCUGAUAUUGCUAUUCAACUUGAUGCUGAAAGUAAAGAUAUAUUAAAACGAAUCUUACCAAAACGUAUGGAACAAUGGAAAAUAAAAAUGCAAUUAAGAAAAGAAAAAAAAAUGAAAAAUAAAGCAAAAAAAGAUCGAGAUAAGAAAAAAGCUAUGGAUGAACGACGAGCUGAAUUAAUUCUUGAACGAGAAAAACGCAUCGAAGCAGGUGAAACAGUCGAAGAUGAUGAAAUCGAACAGACGUUAGCUAGUGAAUUUCAGACCGAAGAAGAAGAAGGUGAUGUAAUACAAGACGAAGAAGAUGCCAAUACAGCAAAAGGUCGUAUUGGUGAAAUGAUUGAACAACAAGCAAAUGAUGCAAAAGACAAAAUCGACGGCGUUAAAAAAGUUUUUCAACAAGAAUAUGUUCCAUUUGCAAUUGUUAAUGCAUCAGAUAAAUCACGUUAUGUUAAAAAUCGUAUUAGUAAAAAAAUUGAACGAUUUACAACAUUACGUCAAAAUGUAUUCGAACGUGUUUAUCCAAUAAAAGCUCAAUUAGCACAAAAAUUAAUCGAUAUUGGUUAUUUACAUUAUUCGAAAUUUGGAAAAUUUUGUCCUGUAUCAUUACAUAAUGGUGAUUGUUUUCCACCACCAUUUGGACCUGAUAAACCUCCUUGUACAGUUGUCUAUCGAAAAUAUGUUUAUUAUUUAACUGAUGAUGAAGCACGAAAUGAAUUUAUUAAAAAUCCAAUGUUUUAUGUUCGUCGACCACCACCAAAAUCACUCAUUCCAGCUAAAAUUGCGAUUCUUGGUCCACCAAAAUCUGGCAAAACAACUGGUUUGUUUGUUUUUCAUAAAAUACAAUCUAAAAUGAGUAUUGAAGCACAGGAGUAA